AUGUUCAAAAUUCGGGGGAGCAUGGCCUACUGCUAUACAGCACUCGUCGCUGGUUCCAUUUGCGCUCUCACCAUUAUAAACAUCAGCAUCCUUCUAUCUCGCAUCUAUGAGACGCGAGAAAUGUUUGGGACUACAGACUGGUUCGCGGAGCGAUUGAAGGAGAAAACGCUGUAUCAACUCCCUAUUCCCCUGAGAGAUGUCGCAGUCAACUUCACAAACUCGAACGGGAGUUACGGGAUUGAGUCUGCCCAGGAAUGGCAUUCACUCAUACCAACCAACACUGUCGGUUUUGUUCACCUUGGUGAAGAAGACAUGCCCUUUGCGGUCUCGAUGUACCACGCACUCCAUUGUCUCGACACCAUCCGUAGGGCAAUGUCUGAGGCCGACGAGUACACGUGUACAGGAAAAUCCAGGAACAAACUCGAUUUAGCUAUGAAGCACUCGACGCACUGCUUCGAUUAUGUUGCACAGCUUUUGCUUUGCAACGCGGACGCAACACUUGAGCCAAUUUUGGCUGAAAAAGUUGUCCAUCAUUCUUCCGCAGUCCCUGCAUGGGCUAGCGCAGGGGCUGGUGUAAUUCACAGAUGCCGUGAUUGGACACAAGUGAGGCGUUUCGUAGAGACUAACAGAGAUGAAAAGAAUAUCCUCCCCCUGACUGACUGAUCUUACACGUACAAACUCCAACGUAAUAUGAUGCACCAGACAACAAGCAUUCACGAGUACUAAACCGUGAUGUUAUAUCCGC